AUGUCUCGAACCAUUGAUCGACUGCCAAUGCCCACUGUGGUCCAACGCAAAAAGGUCAUCGUCCUCAGUCACAGUCGAUCAGGAACUCUUGGACUGUACCGCGCGCUACAGAUCUUGGGCUUUACCCCCUAUCAUGUGUAUGAGUGUUUCAUCGUCAACGGAACGGAUCAUACCAAGAUCUUCACCGAGGCCGCCAUCGCGCAGAAUAAUCCACAUUCUGGGAUCAAGAAGCUAACGAGAGCGGAUUGUGAUAAAUGGUGGGCUAACUAUGAUGCUGUGGUCGAGGUUACGAGUUUGUUGAGUACAGAAGUGCUCGAAUCAUACGCCCAAGAUCCCGAUGUCAAGUUUAUUCUCACCGAGCGAGAUCCUAAGAAGUGGGCGCUUUCCAUCAAUAACUCUGGUGGAAAGGCAUUUAUGGCAGUUAGCAGCUUUCCAUUGAACAUUCUCAAGUACUUCGACUAUCAACUGUACCACUUUAUCGAAGCCCACCUCGUUGCCUAUAAUGGCAUGGGAUCUGGAACUCGUCCUGGGGACCCAGAUAACGAGGCUAUGUUGUGCCAGUAUUACACAGACUAUAUUCAAAAGAUCAAGUCAACCAUUCCGGAAGAUCGCAGAUGCACCAUCCAACUCGACACAGACGGUCUAGAAUGGGAGGAUAUUUGCACUUACCUUGAGUUGCCAGUCCCUAAGCAAGACUAUCCCAGUCGUAAUCAACCUGCUGAGUUUCAGGCUCUUUUUGAAGCUUUCCUGAUGCCACGGUUAGCGGCAGCAGCGAUCAAGUGUGGCGCUGUUGCUGUCCCGGUUUUAGGGGUUCUUGGUUGGGCAUCUGUGAAAUAUGGACCAUCAACUCUUGUGGCUCUGAAUAGAUAUUUCAGCGGCUAA